GUAUAGCCGGCUGGCCGGGGCUCCCUCGGGACUGGGGCGACUGCGCAUGCUCGCUGGCCGCGCUGGGCCAGUAGCCGAGCCGCGGUGACGAACCGGCUCCGCGGUUGCGGUGUUUGCGGUUGCUGUGAUGGCGUUGUGAGGGGGCCUGGGGCGGGAUGGUGCUGACCCGGUUAGGGCCGUCUUCUUCGAGCUGGACAACGAGCUCCUCCGUCCGACAGGCGGGGGAAGAGGCUGAGCCGGGCGAGAGGGUUGAAGAUCAACUGGAUUAUGUAUUUGGUUCUGGAAUCUCAAAGCAGUCCACAAACAAAUUCUUCCUUAUGUUAUCUGUGUCAGGGGGAACGGUGUAUUUUUAACAACGGGAAUCAGUAACUGGAAGUACAAGAUUGGUUAUUUAAUAAUGUUAAAAAUGAGGCUUUGAAAAGCAGAGGUGCUGUUAUCAGAAUAGUCUUCUGGGUAUAAAUUAAAAAUGACUGAAGUUCAAGCAAUGGUAGAAUUCUCUGUGGAGCUAAACAAGUUCUACAAUGUGGAUUUGUUUCAGAGAGGUGUGAAAAUAUUCCAAGGUGGAACGAACCAGAGCCCACACUUGUGCCAUUGUUACCCUGAUGCUUCCGAGCUCCCCUUCUUACUCACCAUGGGAUGGCUUUAAGAGUACUCGAGUGUCCUCCAGCUUAGUUCCACGUUCUCCAACCGUUGCUCCAGCGACCCUUCUACCUGGAUUCGAGCCCCCAUGAUGGACGCCACUUGCCAAGACCAGCUCGGUCGGGGAGACCCUAACCCAGCAGUGCUAGAGGAAUUAAAGACAGACACACAGAAAUAUAGAGUUUUUACCAGAUUCGUGCUUCUAUGAAAAUUCCAUCAAGAAUUCCCCACAGAGUAGAAGCUAGUUUGUUGCAUGCAACAGGUAUGACUUUAGCCUUUCCAGCCUCAGUUCAUGAUUCUCUAAUUUGCAGUAAAACAUUUCAAAUUUUGUACAAAAAUGAAGAGGUUGUUUUAAAUGAUGUUAUGAUCUUCAAAGUAAAAAUGCUAUUGGAUGAAAGAAAGAUUGAAGAAACCCUUGAGGAAAUGAAUUUUCUAUUAUCCUUGGAUCUGCACUUCACAGAUGGAGAUUAUUCGGCAGAUGAUCUGAAUGCCUUGCAACUAAUAAGUAGCCGAACAUUGAAGCUGCACUUUAGCCCCCAUAGAGGCCUUCAUCAUCAUGUUAAUGUUAUGUUUGAUUACUUCCACCUUUCUGUUGUGUCUGUUACAGUUCAUGCAUCAUUGGUUGCACUACACCAGCCACUAAUAAGCUUUCCUCGCCCUGUGAAGACAACUUGGUUAAAUAGAAAUGCACCAGCACAAAACAAAGAUUCCGUGAUUCCUACUCUUGAAAGUGUGGUCUUUGGUAUUAACUACACAAAACAGUUAUCACCAGAUGGUUGUAGCUUCAUCAUUGCAGACUCCUUCCUACAUCAUGCCUAUCGUUUUCAUUAUACACUUUGUGCCACUUUGCUGCUAGCCUUCAAGGGAUUGCACAGCUACUUCAUUACAGUAACAGAAGAGAUUCCUUCUUGUCAGAAACUAGAACUGGCCAAGGCCAACAUGCAGCUCCUAUAUGAGCGUCUUCUCAGAAGAAAACAGCUACGAACACAGAAAGACAACCAUCUAGAGGAAAUGGAUGUAGAAGCUCGACUUACUGAACUAUGUGAAGAAGUUAAGAAAAUAGAGAAUCCUGAUGAACUGGCAGAACUUAUAAAUAUGAAUCUUGCACAACUUUGCUCACUUUUGAUGGCCUUAUGGGGACAGUUUCUGGAAGUUAUAACGCUACACGAAGAACUAAGAAUAUUAUUAGCACAAGAGCACCAUACUUUGAGGGUACGCAGAUUUUCUGAGGCAUUCUUUUGUUUUGAGCAUCCAAGAGAAGCUGCCAUUGCAUACCAGGAACUUCAUGCUCAGAGUCAUCUACAGAUGUGCACCGCUAUCAAAAAUACUUCCUUCUGCAGUUCUCUUCCACCCUUACCUAUUGAAUGUAGUGAAUUAGAUGGAGAUCUCAAUUCAUUACCUAUAAUCUUUGAAGAUAGGUAUUUAGAUUCAGUUACUGAAGACUUAGAUGCACCCUGGAUGGGAAUUCAGAAUCUUCAGAGAUCAGAGUCCAGUAAAAUGGAUAAAUAUGAGACUGAAGAAAGCUCUGUAGCAGGACUUUCUAGCCCAGAGUUGAAAGUCAGACCUGCUGGUGCCUCCAGUAUUUGGUAUACAGAAGGUGAAAAGCAGCUAACAAAAUCUCUAAAAGGAAAGAAUGAAGAAUCAAAUAAAUCCAAAGUUAAGGUUACUAAGCUUAUGAAAACAAUGAAAUCUGAAAACACAAAAAAAUUAAUAAAACAGAACUCUAAGGAUUCUGUGGUUUUGGUAGGCUACAAAUGUUUGAAAAGUACAGCAUCAAAUGAUCUCACUAAAUGCUUUGAAGGCAAUCCUUCACAUAGUCAGAAGGAAGGUCUGGAUCCCACAAUAUGUGGAUAUAAUUUUGACCCAAAGACCUACAUGAGACAGACAAGUCAAAAGGAAGCUAGCUGUUUGCCAGCUAAUACAGAGAGAACUGAACAAAAGUCUCCAGAUAUUGAAAAUAUGCAACCAGACCAGUUUGAUCCUUUGAACUCUGGCAACCUAAAUCUUUGUGCAAAUUUGUCCAUUUCAGGUAAACUUGAUAUCUCCCAGGACGAUAGUGAAAUUACACAAAUGGAACACAAUCUGGCAUCCAGAAGGUCAUCAGACGAUUGCCAUGAUCAUCAAACAACCCCAUCUUUGGGAGUUAGAACAAUUGAAAUAAAGCCCAGUAAUAAAGAUCCUUUCAGUGGAGAGAAAAUAACUGUCAAACUAGGACCUUGGACAGAGCUUCGACAAGAAGAAAUACUUGUGGAUAAUUUACUACCCAACUUUGAGUCCUUAGAAUCUAAUGGUAAAUCUAAAUCUAUAGAAAUAACAUUUGAAAAGGAAGUGUUGCAAGAAGCAAAGUGUCUUUCUAUUGGAGAAUCAUUAACUAAAUUAAGAAGUAAUCUACCUGCCCCUUCUACGAAAGAAUAUCAUGUUGUAGUAAGUGGAGAUACAAUUAAGUUACCAGAUAUUAAUGCCACAUAUGCCUCAUCUAGAUUUUCAGAUUCAGGUGUUGAAAGUGAACCAAGUUCUUUUGCGACACAUCCAAACACUGAUUUAGUCUUUGAAACUGUGCAAGGGCAAGGUCCUUACAAUAGUGAAAGAUUAUUUCCUCAGCUUUUGAUGAAACCUGAUUAUAAUGUAAAAUUUUCAUUAGGAAAUCAUUGUACUGAGAGUACAAGUGCUAUAAGCGAAAUACAGUCAUCUUUGACAUCCAUAAACUCUCUACCUUCUGAUGAUGAACUGUCACCUGAUGAAAAUUCUAAGAAAUCUGUUGUACCUGAAUGCCAUCUAAAUGAUAGCAAAACUGUAUUAAAUCUAGGAACGACUGAUUUACCAAAAUGUGAUGAUACUAAAAAGUCAAGUAUCACUUUGCAACAGCAGAGUGUUGUAUUUUCAGGGAACUUGGACAAUGAAACUGUCGCAAUACAUUCCUUAAAUUCAAGCAUUAAAGACCCUUUACAAUUUGUUUUUUCAGAUGAAGAUACUUCCAGUGAUGUGAAAAGUAGUUGCAGCUCCAAACCUAACUUGGAUACUAUGUGUAAAGGCUUCCAGAGUCCUGAUAAAUCUAAUAACUCUACAGGGACAGCAAUUACAUUAAAUUCAAAACUGAUUUGUUUAGGCACUCCUUGUGUCAUUUCAGGUUCCAUUUCUACUAAUACAGAUGUUAGUGAAGAUAGAACUAUGAAAAAAAAUAGUGAUGUAUUAAGUCUCAAACAGAUGUAUUCAGAAAUCCCUACAGUUGAAAGUGAAACUCAUCUGGGUACAAGUGAUCCUUUUUCAGCCAGUACUGAUAUAGUAAAGCAAGGGCUUGUGGAAAAUUAUUUUGGUUCUCAAAGCAGUACGGAUAUUUCUGACACAUGUGCUGUUAGCUACAGCAAUGCGCUUAGCCCUCAGAAGGAAACUUCUGAAAAAGAAAUUAGUAAUCUUCAGCAGGAACAGGGUAAAGAGGAUGAGGAGGAAGAGCAGGAUCAACAAAUGGUUCAAAAUGGGUACUAUGAAGAAACAGAUUAUUCAGCUUUGGAUGGAACAAUAAAUGCUCACUAUACAAGCAGAGAUGAACUAAUGGAAGAAGGACUUAUAAAAUCUGAAAAAAUAAACAGUGACUAUCUGAGAGAUGGUAUAAAUAUGCCUACUGUCUGUACUUCUGGUUGUUUGUCCUUCCCAUCUGCACCACGAGAGUCUCCUUGUAAUGUUAAAUAUUCUUCCAAAAGUAAAUUUGAUGCCAUUACAAAGCAGCCAAGCAGUACUUCUUACAACUUCACUUCUUCAAUUUCCUGGUAUGAAAGUUCACCAAAACCUCAAAUACAAGCCUUCCUUCAGGCAAAAGAAGAACUGAAGCUACUAAAACUUCCUGGGUUCAUGUACAGUGAAGUUCCUCUGCUGGCAUCCUCAGUACCUUAUUUUAGCAUAGAAGAAGAGGAUGGUUCUGAAGAUGGAGUACAUCUGAUUGUCUGUGUGCACGGUUUAGAUGGAAACAGUGCAGAUCUCCGAUUAGUAAAAACUUACAUUGAACUUGGACUGCCUGGGGGAAGAAUUGAUUUUCUUAUGUCUGAGAGAAAUCAGAAUGAUACUUUUGCUGAUUUCGAUAGCAUGACUGAUCGUCUUUUGGAUGAGAUAAUACAGUAUAUUCAGAUAUAUAGUCUAACAGUCUCAAAAAUAAGCUUUAUUGGACAUUCAUUGGGCAAUUUAAUAAUUCGUUCAGUGCUUACAAGGCCAAGGUUUAAAUAUUACCUCAACAAACUUCAUACCUUUCUGUCUCUUUCUGGACCUCACCUUGGUACACUCUACAACAGCAGUGCUCUUGUUAAUACAGGCCUCUGGUUUAUGCAGAAAUGGAAAAAAUCAGGUUCGCUUUUGCAGCUGACAUGUCGAGAUCACUCGGACCCUCGCCAAACUUUUUUAUAUAAGCUUAGUAACAAGGCAGGGCUUCAUUAUUUCAAAAAUGUUGUGCUAGUGGGAUCCCUACAGGAUCGCUAUGUUCCUUAUCACUCUGCCCGCAUUGAAAUGUGUAAAACAGCUUUAAAGGACAAACAGUCAGGACAGAUCUAUUCAGAAAUGAUCCACAACUUGCUUCGACCCGUUCUGCAAAGCAAGGACUGUAAUUUGGUUCGCUAUAAUGUCAUCAAUGCAUUGCCCAAUACAGCUGAUUCACUCAUUGGGAGAGCUGCACAUAUAGCUGUUCUUGAUUCGGAAAUAUUUUUAGAGAAAUUCUUUCUGGUUGCUGCCCUCAAAUAUUUCCAAUAGUAUAAAAGCAUUGUUAGCGACUGGACAAUUACCUCAUUCAACAAUGUUUCAAAUAAUGUAUUAUAUUAAAAUGUAGAUGCUGAUAAGUUCUAAGAAAUAUUUAUACUUUUUAUAUGGAAGAUAAUUUAUAUCAUCCAUGUUUAGUGCUUUUUAAACAUCAACUUUACUUUCUAGGUAAUGUGGCUGUGCAAUAUUUUUUUAUUUUAUCUUUUUACUUUUCUAUUAAUUUUUCAUAUAUUUUGCUACCUAAGUAAUUCAGUGAAACUUUAAGCCCAUACCUAUGUCUGAUUGUUUAUUAUUGGCUUUCCACAAUUCUUACAUCAGACUAUAUUAUAUUAGAGACCAUUAUUGCUAGAAUAGCGUGGGAUUUAACAUUUUCUAAUACUGGGGGUAUUAUUUAGUUAAUUAUAAAUUUUACUUUUCACGUUUUACUGUGUUUUAACUGGAAAUAAAAUUAUGGCUGCUACAAUAUAUUUUUUGAAAUCAACUUCUGUAGUUCUAAAAUACACCUUUAUCAUACAAUCAAACCAGGUAGUUCAUACAUGACAGUGUCAUAAAAGUUUUCUAUAAAGUCAUUACUGUUGCUUAAACAUAUGUCAUGCCUAUUAAAAUAUAUUUUCUACUGGUGAUUUCCACAUUAUUUCUCAUACUGACUUUUAUUACUGGAAAUGUUUCUGUUCAUGUUGGCAGCAGAUAAAGAUUUUUGAAUGUUUGAAUGCCUCUGCCUUGAUUUGGUUGGGAUUUUUGCUAAAUUGGCAAUGUUGCUUGAACUUUAUGACUACAUUUUCUUUUAACUUUUUUCAUGGACUUCCUUAUGUGUACAUAAUAAUUAAAUGUUGAAAUUUAUGAAAUACUUUUAUGAAUUUAGAUAAUUUUUAAAUAUUGUUAAAAUUUAUUGAACUAAAAAGUAAUGUAAAUAAAAUCACGUUAAAGAUGGAACAAAAUAAUUUACAUGUUUGGUGAUACAGAUGCAAAUGUUUUUGAUAUAUGGAGAUGUUGAGUCUUUUGACUUUACAAAAGGUGCUGAAUAGCAUUAAAUUCACUAUUUUCCUUUUCUGUUUUACUUGUGAAAAUAAAAAUGCACUAAGGUUGGGUAGAAGUUCUGUUUGCACUCACUAGUUGUGACAGACAGAGGUUUUUGUAAGUAUUUAUUGUACAGUUGAUGCAUGUUUAUUUUUAGCGUUGUGUUAUUGCCCCUGGUGUUAAUAAAUGAACAAAUGGCUAUCUGGAGGAACAGCUA